UUUUAUAUGGAGUGUUACAUGAUUAUGCAAAGAAAGAAAGAAGUGAGAACCAUGAAUGUGAGAAAAAUAUCUAAUACAAUCUGUAUUGUCGUCUCUCAACGUCCCAUACUUUGUGGGUAACCCUGCAUAAUAUCUCUAGGGUGGAGUAAUGUCCAUGAGCUGCUCCGUGAACUCCCCGGAGACACUACUCUACUGGAUCAAGGAGAAGGAUGACCGGCUCCUGGAGUCAGGACCUCGUCAGGAUCACCGUAAACUUAGGACACAGCGAGCUUUUUUCACUAAACCCGAGGAGAACCAGUUUUACGAGUCCGGGGGUAAGAUAACCCACGUGCUGCCUGAUACACAGUCUGGUGGAAACCGGUUUUUCAAGUUUGAACCAAAUGAACGAACUACUCCUGCUCGUCCUCGGCUAGUUGUAGAACCUACUGGAGAACUAGUUAUUCACAACAUUCAACAAUCAGAUGAAGGGUAUUAUUAUUGUUUGGUUAUAUCUGAAUCUGGAAGCAGUAUAGCAGCAGGAAAACUGAGUUUAAAAAGUUCCACAAGAAUGUAUCCUCCAAUUAUUGAGUUGGGGCCUGUCAACCAAACCUUAUACAGAGGGGUUGGUAAAAAAUGUGCUUAUAAUAUUUUUGUGAUUUGUCAAGGAGUUCUAAGCUACAAAGGAUCAUUACUUCAGAUAACACAGGCGAGCAAGAUGGAUGAGGGUGAAUAUACUUGCUUUGCGGAGAAUAUUGCUGGAACCCUGACAGGCACUGCUUAUAUACAAGUUACAAAUCCACCGAAGAUAACAGUGGGGCCAAAUGAUCAGAAAGUUGUCGAG